AACGCGACAUAGCAGUCGUGAGGCUCGCGUCGCUCCUCGUUGCUCUUCGUUGUUUCUCGUCGCCAUAGUCCUCCCUCCACAAGACGCGCGUCUUAUCAUCACGUCGUCCGCGCUCACCGGCUUUUAUUGUCGUUACUUUGCACCGGAGUUGCUGAGCCCGUGAAUGGACGCCGGGACGCAGCUGUAGGGACGACCGGGCUCGCGACGCCAACUAGGAUAACGAGCACAUCAGAGUCGACUGGCCAUCAUGCCGAGGAUGCAUCUCCACUUGAUACUCGGCCUCUUCGUCUUCCUCGGUUGCAGGUCGCAGGAGCAGCUCGGGGACUUAUACUUCACGGUGAGCCCGGAGGAUCAUGCGGUAGUGGAAGGACUGCCGGUGCGACUGCGGUGCCGAGCCGAGCCGAGCGGUGCCGUCAUCUAUACUUGGAAAAUCGAUGGCCAGCCCUUGGCCCCGAGCCCCAGGAGGCACGUCAAAGACGGGGACCUCCACAUCACUAGGCUCAGCAGGAUCCUCGACAGCGGGAGCUUUGUGUGCGUGGCCACGCACGAGCGCACGGGCGCGAGUAUCGAGAGCUCGCCCGCCAAGAUCGACGUGCAAUGGAUCAGCGAGGCGAGCGUUCAACUACAGCUGCCGAAACUGGCACCGCUCAUCCGCGCCGGAGGCAAGGUCGAGCUGCGCUGUCAUGUUGAUGGCUCCGGUGAUCUCAAGUACGAGUGGUUCAGGAACACGAAGAGCGUGGCGGCGAGCAAUCGAGUGGAGAUGAGACGGAAUCUCCUGGUAAUCGAGGAGUCGAGUCCGAAGGACAAUGGGAUCUACAGAUGCCUGGCGCGUAACAGCGCCGGGGCCUCCUCGAUGGCACGCAGCCUCGCCCUGAUCGUACCGAGCAACGAAACCGCGACGAUAAAGCUCGUGCCCCAAAGCGUGAUUGUGCGCCGGGGUGAGUCCGCUAGCUUCAGUUGCGUUUACGACAGCGCGGACAGCCUGCGCUGGUACUUCGAGGAUAUGGGCCCCAUCGAGUCCGACGACGAGCGCACCGUCUUCGGGAACGGGACCCUCGUUAUUCGCAGAGCCGACGAGCGGAGCAAAGGCUUCUACUCCUGCCACGGCGAGAGGUCCGGCAGUGUCCAGGUGUACGCCGCUGAGCUCGAGAUCGCCUACCUGAAGAAUCUCUCGGUGGCGUCGUUCGAGCCGCCGCUGGCCAAUGGGAUGGCGGUCGUAGGCGAGAACCAGGAGCUCCAGAUAAGCUGCCUUGCCCCGGGCGGUCUCCCGAGCCCGAAGCUCUUCUGGCGAGACCCCCAGGGCCGCAUCGUCAGCGACUCCGGCCCGGUGCGCGUCCAGGACGACACCCUCAUUGUGGCGAAGGCACGGCGGGAUGUCGACCACGGCAACUACACCUGCGUCGCCGAGAACAUGCUCGGCUCCACGGAGAUGAGCGUGCAGAUCAUCGUUUCCUGGCCGGCGGAGAUGCGCGGGCCCCCCGAACCCGUAACCGCUAUGGAGGACGAGUCUGCGAGCUUGAGCUGCGGCUUCCGGGGAAUGGGGCCGCCGGUAACGCAUAGCCGCUGGCUCAAGGACGGCGAGCCGCUGAAGGAGGCGGCGGGGGGACCGCUGCGAUACCGCGUCAUCGAGCACAUUGGCAACUCGAGCCUCCUCUUCAGAAACGUCCAGCUGGGCGACAGGGGCAGCUACGCGUGCGAGGUCACCACCGAGGGCUUCCCACCCCUCAGGUCGCCGCCCGCCGCGCUGUCCGUCAGGGAGAAGCUCAAGUUCUCGCCCCCACCCGUCAACAGGCGCCUCGAGUUCAACUCCACCGCCAAGGUAUCCUGCAAGGCUCAGGGUUCGACUCCGCCAACUUUCAAAUGGUACAAGAAUGGCGCCAAACACUUUCCCAAGCACGUGCAGGAGUUGAAUGGCACGCUGCACUUCAGCGGCGUCCUCGAGGAGGAUAAGGGCAAUUACACAUGCGUUGCCGUCAAUAGCCAGGGUCAAAUCAACCAUACGAUAAAGAUCGACGUUGUCAUUGCCCCCAAAUUCACCGUUAAGCCGGAAAACGUCUCGGCGAUCGAGGGCCUCGCUGUCCUAUUGCACUGCGCGGCGGAAGGCGAUCCGAAGCCAGCCAUCAAAUGGGACAAGGAUUCACAAAUGAACAACCUGAAUGGGGAUCGAUUUCUUGUUAUGGCUAAUGGCAGCCUCUAUAUCAAGGAGGUAUACCUGAGUGAUGAGGGUAAAUACGGCUGCACCGCGGGAAAUAGCGGCGGUUUGAAACGGGAGGAAGUCCAUCUCAGCGUUAAGGCCGUUGAUGGGUAUCGCUCGGAUCUGGAUUUCGAUGCAGCCGACGAUGGAUCUAUGAUGACCAAGACGGUCAUAAUUACCCUAGGUGCGGCUGCAGCCUACAUGGUCCUCGUCGUCGGAUUGAUGCUAUAUUGUCGUUAUCGUCGACGAAGGAGAAAGCAAAGAUACCUUCAGGAGCAAACCGAUGGCCAAGAAAAGUGCGAUAAUCCGGAGGUCCAGGAAGAGCAAUGCGAGCUUCGGGAAACGACGGUGAAGGCGAACAGUGCCAAUUCGGCGGCCAAGCAGAAGAAGAAGGAGAACCGGGAGUCGCACAAAAGCGACGGCACCGACACGGCGCACAGUGUUAACAGUAAUCAAUCGAAAAAAUCCAAAUGCAGCUACGACAAGCUUACGGUGAGUCGGGCGCUUCUUCACGACCUCAAACCCCUCGGUCGGGGCGAAUUUGGCGAGAUUUUCUCGUGCAAGUAUCGGCCGAACAGCGACGAGGACGGUACGACGGCGAAGGAAAGCCUCGCGAUGGUGAAAACCCUGAGCAACACAAAGGACGAGAACGUGCUACAGGACAUAAAGCGCCAUCUAGACUUACUGCACAAGUUGAAUCACGAGAAUAUUGCGAAGCUGAUUGGUCUGUGCCGCGAGGGGGAGCCCGACUACAUGAUAAUCGAGUACACCGAUUGGGGAGAUUUAAAGCAGUUCCUGCUGGCUUCGCGGGCUAAGGACAAUUCGAGUGGCUCGGAUACUGGGAAGCCACGCGCCCCUCAACUGGCCGUCGCUCAGAUUCUCUCUCUUGCUAAUCAGGCUGCUCUGGGACUGAAACAUAUAUCGGAUCACCGGCUUGUCCAUAAAGACGUUGCAGCGCGCAAUUGUUUCAUCUCCAGCAGCUUGACCGUGAAAAUAUCGUUGGCGUGCAUGACGAAGGAGCCGCACCAGCAAGAAUACACGAAGCACAGAAACCAAGUGAUCCCGUUGCGCUGGAUGCCCAAGGAAGCCGUAUUCGAGGAUGAGUACUCGACCAAGAGCGACGUUUACUCGUACUCCUGCCUAAUGUGGGAAAUAUUCCACCAGGGUGAAUUGCCCUUUAAAAAGCUCAAUGACGACUCUGUCCUCGCCCAGUUAAAGAGCCAAGCUCUGACCUGGACGCCGCAUAAGGCUGCGCCACCAGCGCUCCAGGAACUUCAGGUCCAAUGCUGGUCGUACGAUCCACGGGAGCGGCCCACGUUCGCUCAAAUCGUCGCUAAGCUCCAGGAGAUCCUCCAAGAUUGCUCUUAGAUCUGAAGGAACGCGUACCUGACUGUUG